GCGGGCCGGGGCGGAGACAGAAACCCGGCCUGCGUCGGUUUCUCGGACCAGCCGCCAUGCUGUCGCUCUCUGAGCCCGGCGGCCGCCCCCAUCCCAGGCCGGCCUUCGUCCCGCUCCUGCCUCUCUUCCUUCUCCUGCUGCUGCUACCGCAGCCCGCGCGGCCCAUCUCCUUCCAGCUGCCGGGCAAGGCCCGCAAAUGCUUGCGGGAGGAAAUCCACCGGGACACGCUGGUCACCGGCGAGUACGAGGUGGCCCCGCCGCCGGGGUCGGCCACCGGCCCGUCUGCCGAUCUCAAGAUUACUGACUCUGCUGGGCACACACUCUAUGCCAAGGAGGAUGCUACUAAAGGCAAAUUUGCCUUCACCACAGAGGAUUAUGACAUGUUUGAGGCCUGCUUUGAGAGUAAACUUCCCGUGGGAACAGGGCGGAUGCCAGACCAGCUCGUGACCUUGAACAUGAAGCACGGAGUGGAAGCAAAGAACUAUGAGGAGAUCGCUAAAGUGGAGAAGCUGAAACCGCUGGAGCUGGAGCUACGGCGCCUAGAAGAUCUUUCAGAGUCUGUUGUCAAUGACUUUGCCUAUAUGAAGAAGCGGGAAGAGGAGAUGCGGGACACCAAUGAGUCAACCAACAUCCGGGUACUGUACUUCAGCAUCUUCUCAAUGUUCUGCCUCAUUGGACUGGCUACCUGGCAGGUCUUCUACCUGCGUCGCUUUUUCAAGGCCAAGAAGCUGAUUGAAUAAGGGGAAGGGGCAAGAUUUCUCUUCUUUGAAACCCCAGCAGAACACUGCAGAGACCCAACGAUGACUGUCCAGAGCCACUUCAGAGUUGACCUGCCAAAUGAAGCUUUCCUGUAUGAAUUGGCCCCUAAGGGAAGGGAGGGGGUGGGAGUUGUGGUUUUAAGGGACCAUUGAGCAAGGAUGAAAUAAAACAUUCUGGAGACAGCG